CGCCACAAAGAGGCUAAUAUCCGGCCGGGAGCAAUUAUAUCCAGCACCGCCUCAUCUGUUCGCCGAAUUGGUUCACAAGGACGAUGACUUGAGAAUCUCGUCUUUUUUUAGUGCAUGGUUAGUCCCGUUGCGGUGCAAAUGACAGCCCUUUGACUCUUGGCGGUGCCAUGUGUUCCUUUCUAUGGGGCUCGAAAUGAGCAGAAAAUACACCGCCAGUACAAAAUACUGUUGAGUUGAGUAAUCGAAUACCGGUAACGGCUUGGAAUUGUGAGGCGCUGGCGUGUCUAGUGCAUGCAACGAUUGAGCUAUUGGCAAAAGUCUGCCUUGGCGGUUGAAGCGAAGCUUCACGAUGCAAGCGGCGCCUUCUCGCUAAGACAACGGCGACCGCCAGCAAGGCGGCCAGUGGCUGAACUGAAUUAAGACCAUCCCAAACAAUACGAGCAUAUCCGAGCUAUGGCUUGUCAUGAACGCCGACAACCAGCGUGCACGGAGCUGCGGACAAACAAGACAGCUUCAUUACGUUGUUUUCUUUUUCGAGGUCAAGGUCAAAGGUACACAGAUACUUACACCAAGACUCUCCAUACGUUCAUUUUCUGUUUAGACGAGAGGCAUUGACUCAAUGAGGACGUUGAAGUGACUGAAGUCGGGUCACCAAGUACCCACUGGUUCCUGGAUUAUUUCCACACUGGAGCCUAAGCUGAAAGUCCUGACUCUUUUAACCUUAAAUGAAGUCCACACAGGCCGGACUUUUGCUAUGAAUCAACAUGUCAAACGGCGACCCUCUUUCAGCCCCUCGGAGCGGCUUGACCAGCAACGCCUCUGCCUGUUGCGGCUGUCGCCCUGCUGGUCUUCAAAUGGCGGCCAAGCUCCGUAAACAGGAACUUUUACACCCUUGUCGGUGAGGAGUAUGAUCGUUUCGGGCUAAGCUUGCGCCAAGUGAAGCUGUCUAUAAAGUAGAGCUGUGCGCUGCCUCGUUCCUAUGCACCCGAUCGCUCGUUCCCCCACACUGUGAACACUUACAUCAUACUACCACUUCGACACCAUAUCACAAAACAACAUGGACAACAUGCUUGAGGCUCGCGACUUGGGCGCCAUCCCCUUCCAGUCGGGCUUGCACAUGCUGCUCCCCCAAGCCCAGAGCUUGACCAACUCUCUCAAGGCCCGCCAAAACUCGUGCGGAAUCGGCGGCAAGGUCUGCGGCGACGGCUGCAUUCGAUUCCUUGAAGUCUGCUGCCCCGAUGGCACUGCAUGCGCAGCUCUUACAACAUGCCAGGGUGACGGAUGCUGCCCCAUCAGCGCCAUCUACGGCUGCGACAACGUUGUCAACGGCUGCUCAACAGGCUACAAGGAGUGCGGCGACAAGACCUGUGCUCCCAACGGCGCUGUCUGCUGCGGCGGCGGCAAAUACUGCGAUGCUGGAUACUCCUGCGGCACAAGUAGCUGCAUUGCUGGCGGUGGUGGUGGCGGCGGAAACACCGUUAGCAGCCCUCCCAGGACUACUGCCCGCACCACAUCUCCUACCACUACUUCGCCUCGAUCUACUCAGGGCGUGAGUACCGAGCCUACUGAUCUCGGUUUCCCCAGCGAGACAAACGAUACUUCUGAGCCAACCCCUACCUUCACUGGAAACUCGAAUCCCAGCAGCUCCUCGUCUGCUCAGCGCAGCGCUACUGGUGGAGGCGGCAACUCUGGAGGCAACUCUGGCGGUAGCUCUGGAGGAGGUGGCAAUGCUGCUGCCUCUGUCCAGAUUCCUGGAGCCAAGACCAUUGCUCUUGCAAUGGCUGCUCUUUAUGUCGUUUUCAUGUAAACGGAAUGAAAUGGGUGUGGUUGGUUGGUUUAGCACGUUUACAAUUUGAUAUCCUCUUCGUACGAUUAAUAGUAUUUUCUGUCUUGUUUCUUAUUCAAUUUAUUUUGUCCCAUAAUGCUACCAUUUGCCAC